AUGGGCAACAGCUCUUCCAAAGACGAGCGCAAGCGGCCCAGCAACCUCCGACACGGGAAUGGUCAGCAAGUUGACUCGGGCGAGCCUUCACCCUCACAUCACACGUCCGGCAGUCGCUUAGCGGAUCGUGUGUAUGGUCGGAACGGCAGUGCCCGGGAAAGCAGACAGAAUCUGUCGUUCUUACAUCUGGGCGGGAGAGGAGAGAGGGAACAAGAGCCGUCAGCUUCGGAACGACCGCGAGAAACGAGACAGGAACGGGAGGCACGAAGCGCUGAGCGUGAGAGACAGGCAAGACUGAGAGAACGAGAACGGAGCAUGCGAGAAGAGCACGUAGAUGGUGGAUACCUGGUCACCGUGGGAGUAUAUACUGGCCCUGAGGACUUCAACAAGCAGGUUGUGCGGCAGCUGCAGAUCGAGCGAAGACUGGCUCCAUUCUGGCAAGGACUCGAUGAUCACAAAGAAUCCUGGACAGAGGCACAGCUAGUUGCUGCCGCGAAGAAGCAGCCUAUCCCCGAGGCCGAUGCUGUACCGCCUGAUGUGUUGCAUACCGCCUCACAGCCUUCUAACGAUGCGCAGUCUAAUGAUGCGAAUCUGAACGGCUUGACUGUGCCGAUUACGGGUAGAUCUCAGUCGUAUCAGUCGGACAGAUCCGCCUCUCUGAGUCCGUCGAGUGCUGCUUUCUUAUCUAGUUCUGGACCUGCUUCGCCGACGAGUCCGCCGAGUUCUAACAACCCACUAUUCAGAGGUCGAGCUAAGACACUGGCCUCUGCUUUGACAGGAAAGAGCGAGUCGCCAGAUCUUUCCCCGCAAGAGAUUCGGCUGCCAGACGAGCCAUACGUUAAUGGCCAGUUGCUUCUAGCAUGGCUUUACAAAGAUGCGGCCGAGUGCCCAAUUUGCUUCAUGUUCUAUCCGCCAUUCUUGAACAAGACUCGGUGUUGCGACCAGUCGAUAUGCUCAGAGUGCUUCGUCCAGAUAAAGCGACCGGACCCUCACCCGCCGGAGCACGAACAUUCGGGCCAACAAAGGCCACCUGACGAAGAGGCUGAGGUGUUGGUGUCGGAAGUUGCUGCUUGUCCUUUUUGUGUGACGCCUGAGUUUGGCGUGACAUAUCAACCACCGCCAUUCAGAAGAGGCCUAUCAUAUGCAUAUCAACAAGGUUCUCUGCGGAAUGGCAAUUCUGCAAUGUCGUCUUCUACUUCGCUCCAGAAUGGUGGAGGACGAAGACGAGCUGGAUCUCUGUCAGCGAACGAUCCACGCGUCGUCACGACAGACCGCGUGAGGCCUGAUUGGGCCAAGAAACUGGCAGACGCAAGAGCUCAAGCGCUCAGGCGGUCAGCUGCUGCCACUGCUCUACACAACGCUGCCUAUGUGCUGGGCAAUCAAGGUGAUGGUCAGCUACGCAGCGCAGGGUUACUAGGUAGACGCAGGAGGACCGUCCUGUUGGACAGUCCGAAUGCUAGUGGCAGUGGCACGCCUCGGGAAGGUAUGUCUCCGGCAGAGUAUGAUGCCUUCUUUCGGCCUUCUGCUAACAGACGUCGUCAAGGAGAGGGAAGCUCUGAUUUGGUUUCGGGACGGACGAGCUCGCGAAGACAUCGAGUCGAGGAUCUGGAAGAUCUUAUGAUGAUGGAGGCCAUAAGGUUGUCUCUCGCUGCGGAGGAAGAACGGAAGCGGAAAGAGGAGAAAGAGGCCAAUAAAGAGGCCAAGAAGAAGGCCAAGGCUGAUAAGAAAGAAGAGAAGAAGGCAGAGAAGCUCGCAAAGCGGCAGGGUAGCAGUAGUGGUGUCAGCUCGUCACUGUAUAGGGCCGGGACGAACGACAGUACCAGUACGUGGGCGAGCACGAGCACGGUGCGAUCGACGAGUGUUGUGGGCGUACGACAACAAUCGAUUAUGGGGGAAGGACAAGGAAAGGGCAAGCAGCCUGCACAGGAUUUUGCGGGCUUCAAUCCGCUGAACGAGCCCACAUCGACAUUAAACCGAGACUCGCCUUCUCCGCCUGCCACUUCGUCGGGUGUGGGCAAUGCGCAGAAGCACUUGGAGGAGUCCAGGGCCAACCUGCAGCCCAAUGCUCCUUCACCGUUAGCAACACCAAGCCCGCGCGGACUACAUUUACGGCAGCUCUCGAAUGCGUCUUCAGCAAAUUCUUCGUUUGCCGAGACACCGACGCCAGGGAGUCAGAGAGCGGAUUCGUCCUCGAGUGUUCUCCUUGCUAGCCCAAGCGGCGCAGACGUCGCUGCCGGUGCCCAACAACAGCAGCAGCAACACGAUGGCUCAAACGUCUCGUCGGCUUUGGGAACUCCGGCCGCAACGAAUGUUGAGCCCAUGUUCAACUUCAGAUCUUUGGCUGCCAUGAUUGGUGAAGAAGAUAAGCAGCAGCAUGGAAAUGAGCACAUCGAACAUGCCCCCGAGACAAAAGCCGAAGAGGAGGUGAGAGAGCCUUCGCCUACUGGAUCGCCUCGCCUGAGCCCCUCUCUGAAUGUCGUGGACGGGCGCUCAAGAGGUGACAGUGGCGAGUCGAGUAGCUCUUCUGCCCCACCACCAAUCUACGUCGAGGGACACUCGGACGAUCAGAUUCAUCCGGCACCUCAGCCCCAGCUGUUGCAUGACCCCGAUUCGAAGACGAUUGGCAACGUGGAUGUCUCUGAUCAUGGUCAUGGACAUGGACAUGGACCCGGGCAACAAGAGCAUCCGGAUUGGACGGCUCGAUGA